GGUUUCUUCUUUGCAAACAAAAAAAAUUAGUAAAUUCGACUGGGUUUAGAGGCGGUGCCAUCGCCAAGCGGUAGGAUCUGUGUGACAGUGCAGGGUACAGCUUUAGGUUCAGGGAAAGCGAGAGGAAUUUCUCCCGACCCCGCUAUAUAUUUUGUACCACUAUUCAAUCGUAACAAACAUCAGAUUAAUUCAAACUGGUAUCGUUUUUGCACCGCGCUGGGAAUCCCGCGAAGAUUGCUACAGUGAAGAAUAUUUACCACUCGAAUGCAGGACUUUAUUUGACUACAACGUUACUGUUAGUCGAACUUUCCCCUUUUAUUUUGGAUUGCCUUGCAAUUCGCAACUCGUGUUUUUUAAUUCGAAUCGGUUGACAGCCACACGAUUUUGAGAUCUGUGUGUGCUUUAAUCCCUUUUUAAAAUUAGGAGCCGUUUGCCGAAAAGUUUUAUUUUCAUUUCUAUUUUUGGGGGGGAGCAUUGCAGGUUUUCACGAUGAACAAGCUAUACAUUGGAAAUCUGAAUGAAAACGUGACCGCGGAGGACUUGGUUAAAACCUUUGAAGAUUACAAGAUACCAUACUCUGGGCAGUUUCUCAUGAAAACUGGCUAUGCGUUUGUUGAUUGCCCGGACGACCAAUGGGCGAUGAAAGCGAUUGAAACAUUUUCUGGUAAAGUGGAACUUCACGGCAAACGUAUUGAAGUCGAGCAUUCAGUCCCUAAAAAGCAGAGGACCAGAAAACUGCAGAUCCGAAACAUUCCACCACACCUACAGUGGGAGGUUCUUGAUGGUCUGCUUGCCCAGUAUGGAACGGUUGAGAACUGUGAACAAGUAAAUACAGAAAGUGAAACAGCAGUCGUGAACGUCACUUAUGGGACCCGGGAACAGGCUAGACAAGCAAUCCAGAAGCUCAAUGGCUACCAGUUUGAGAACAACGCCCUGCGUGUGUCAUACAUCCCCGAUGAGAACUCGGAAGUCGACUCACGAGGUCCAGACAACGGCCGUCGUCCCGGAUACGGCCCACGAGGAAACUCUCGCCAGAUGUCACCCGGUUCAGGGAUCCCCUCCAAACACCAGCAUGCCGACAUCCCUCUCAGAUUGCUGGUGCCCACACAGUACGUCGGUGCCAUCAUCGGCAAAGAGGGCGCCACCAUCCGUAACAUCACCAAGCAAACUCAGAGCAAGAUUGACGUACAUCGUAAAGAGAACGCAGGUGCUGCUGAGAAGCCCAUCAGUAUCCAUUCUACCCCAGAGGGCUGUUCGGCUGCCUGUCGCAUGAUACUGGAAAUCAUGAAUCAGGAGGCGAAAGACACCAAAACAAACUGGCACGAGGAAGAAAGAACUGAAAAACAUGAUCUCGAAAUAGUGAAUGACCUUCAUAAUGAAGAAAUAAAUGCUGAUGAGGUUCCUCUGAAGGUUCUCGCUCACAACAACUUUGUCGGCCGUUUGAUUGGCAAAGAGGGUCGGAACCUGAAGAAGGUGGAACAAGACACGGACACAAAGAUCACCAUUUCACCGCUGCAGGAUUUAACCCUUUAUAACCCUGAGCGGACCAUCACAGUGAAGGGCUCUAUCGAAGCAUGCUGCCUGGCAGAACAGGAGAUCAUGAAGAAAGUGCGCGAGGCGUACGACAAUGACAUUGCUGCCAUGAAUCAACAGACUCACCUGAUCCCUGGACUAAACCUGGGAGCCAUCGGCCUUUUCCCACCAUCCGGUGCUAUGCCUCCACCUGCCCUGGGAAAUUCUGUACCCGGACCCCCCUAUGGACCUGUCGGGGCCGCUGAACAGGAGACCGUCCACGUGUACAUCCCAGCUCAGGCCGUGGGAGCUAUUAUUGGCAAGAAGGGACAGCAUAUCAAACAACUGAGCCGCUUCGCUGGAGCUUCUAUUAAGAUUGCACCUGCAGAUGCUCCAGACUCAAAAAUGCGUAUGGUCAUUGUCACAGGACCACCAGAAGCACAGUUUAAGGCUCAAGGCAGGAUAUAUGGUAAGCUAAAGGAGGAGAACUUCUUUGGGCCCAAGGAGGAGGUAAAGCUGGAGACUCAUAUCAAAGUAGCGGCUGCCGCAGCAGGAAGAGUCAUCGGAAAAGGCGGGAAAACCGUGAACGAGCUUCAGAACCUCACUGCUGCUGAGGUUGUGGUUCCCAGAGAGCAAACCCCUGAUGAACACGACCAGGUCAUCGUCAAAAUCAUCGGCCACUUUUACGCAAGUCAGCUGGCACAAAGGAAGAUCAGGGACAUUUUGACACAAGUCAAGCAACAGCAGAAAGGAGGUAUGGGUGGUCCUCCGGCACCCCAUCCACAGGGCAUGGCUGAGCUUGGGUCACCACAGGCCCUGGCGCCGGAACCCAGGAGGAAGUGAUGGGCCGGGGCCCUAACCUAAUCAGAUGGACAGACAAAUGGAGGACAAACGAGCGGAUUGACUGAGAAAGUGACACACAGACCCAGCGGUAGACAGGGAGAAAUGAGCAUCAACAUGAGAGGGACUUAAAAAGAAAAAAAGUUGCGAGGACACACGCUUAGUGAAAAUGAAAAGGAACAAGAAAUAAGUGUGUUGUUUUUUUUUUUGUUUUUUUGAAAAAGAGAGACUAGAAAACAGAGACCAGAUGCCAGGCCAGGUGGAGUGACUGAGGUUGGCUAGGUGAUCCAUCGAGUUGGAGCGCCCUCUUGUGAGAGUAUUUAGAUAGCCGCUUAUUAGGAAUAAGGUAUAGAGGGCCUUUGUUGAUAGUGCAAUUCCCUUAAAAAGUGUGUUUUCCUAAAGGGUUUAAGCUACCUAGGACCCUCAGCCAUCAACAGUCACUUCAAAAUUUUAACUUUUUUUUUUAAAGAUUGAGAUAUAUGUAUAGAAAUGUUUAUUCAGAGGUAUUAUUAAUGAAAUUCAGUGAGGUAUAGAUGGGGACAGAAAGAGAGAGAACAAAGAAACCAUCAUUUUUUGGGUGGGCGGAGUCACAAUCAGGUGACUUCUGCCCACCUGUCUCAAACAUAAGGGGAGGGGCCAAAGUUGUUAACACUGCUCUUGAAGUCCCUCACAGUCAACUGUGGGGGUGAGAAGAUGAAAUAUAAGACGAAAAAUGAGGUUGUAAAUAUAAUCUCCAUGACUUUGUGUUGAAAUGCUGCACGUUUGCCUGUCAUCGAUCACGCGCCCCAGCUUGAAGGCGUAGGCCCCAAAAAGGCUUCGCUUUCAAGCCGAUUGCUGAUUGGCUGGCAGGACGUGUGGCGAGAGUUCAGUAAAUGUGUGCGGGCUGAAGAUGACCUCUGCAGUUCUAUUGCAGUGGCUCAGCUUUGGGAUGCAUAAACACACCUAUCCCACCCUAAAUCACGCCAGCGAUGACCGCUGCAGCGCUGCUCGCACCCUAACGGCAUAUUUUAUAUAUAUUAUAUAUAUAUGAUAUGUGAGUUAACCUGGCCCCUCAUUGCAUAGAAGCAGGCAGAUCGAGAAAUGGGCAUUUCAGUAUUAAAACAAAUGAGACCAUCUUUUGUGAAACGGUAUUUUAUCUAUUAAGGAAUGUUCAAUUUUGAAUCGUCCUCUGAAAAAACCUGGCCUUCAAACUGUUUUUGUUGUUUUGGUUUUCUUGAGAAUAAUAUGUGAAAUAUGCAGUGACAGGACAAAGCAAGUUUGAAUGCCAGCGCCCUUGAGUCUGCCUUUAGGGUCAAAGGUCAAGAACAGGUGAUGAUGAAAUGGUUUCUGUGUUCUCUCUUUUCCCCAUUUUGUUCUACAUUUGCUGGUGAGGUUGCCAGAGACCUGGCGUUGCCUCAUUGAUCUUAGAACAGAUUAGAUGAAAUUCAAAAAUAACAAAAAAACUACCUCAGGGUAUUAUUACCUCAGUAUUCCUAAUUUGUUUUCAUUUCUUCUUUUUUUUCUUUUUUUGCUUGCUGGUGUUUUAUAAAAAGCUGAUAGUCUUGAAUAUUUUAUUUUUUUAUGGAAGAAAUAUUUUUAGUUUUUUGUCUGGUUGCUUCGUUUUCCCUUAUUUUCCGUAUGCAUGGACGAAUGACUGCGUUUUUUUUCUCAGCUCAACAGGACACCAGAGGAAAUUUAGUUUGGUGAGUGGUCUCACCACGUUGUGCCUGGGUGUCCUUAAGAGCUGCAUUUGAAAUCAUUGGCCAAUGGGAAAUGGGAAAAUUCACACGAUUUGAUAAGUGCACAAUUAACAUUUUAUACCACAGGUCUGACGUAUCAUAAAAUAUGAUUGUAUGUGUGUAAGCAAACAGACCAUAGACAGCUAAGAAUGAUCUUGUAGUGCUAUCGUUUGUGCACUUGUGAUGGUGUGCCCCGAAGGUUUUAAACUCCAUAAGCAAUUAUAUGAACAUUGUUGGUUGACUUACUUGAAAGGGCUUUUAUGGAUUCCUUGUUAAAUGUUUUUAGCUAAAGGAUGUCAACCUCUUUGAAUGUAAAUCACCAAACAUUUUUUUGGAUGGAGGCCCCUUUAUUCCCCAUUGUGUCCCGUAUGAAUGCGUGCGAGUGCGUUUUCUAGUUUUAAUGAGUUUAGGUGUUAAAUCUUUCGUUGGGGUGGUUUGGGUGUUUCAAAAAGGCAGAAUAAACACUCGGUCAAACUCAUUUUAUAAGCUGACUCGGAACAUUAAAGGUACCUUUCGAAAAACGGAAUUCAACCUGUAAAUAGCGUGUUAGACGGAGCAAUCAAAAAAAGCAGCUUUUGUAUUUUUAGAAUAAAAUGCUAAUUGGAUUAAGGACGGAUAGAUGUAGAGAUUAAGCUGUUAAAGAUGGAUGGACACUGCCAGUAUUUCACCAUCUUUGUUUUUUAAGCUUCCUUUUUCAAACACUAUGUGACUAGGUUGGACUUCUGUUUUCAGCUUGAACUGGUCACCGAAUGAAUGCUAUUACCCUUCAGGCGGGAAUGAAGUCCAGAUUCAGCCCGCAGAUUUCUGUCAGACACCACGACACACUCGCACACUUUUUUACUCUGUUCAGACUGCAGCUAUUUUAAUUUUUUCGACAGCAAGCUUUAUUUGGACAUGACAUCUGGUUGCGAACUGUUUCAUUGAUAGAUAUAUAUAUAUAUAUAUAAAACACACAAAAAAAAUGUAAGCAAGAAAUAUUAACAUAACAGCAGAUUUCCAAUAACUAACAUACUUGUGACAAAAAAGAGACAUUAGUAGAUAUGUUAUGUAAUUGCAUUUAAGUUUUUUUUUUUUGGGUGUUAGGUUAGGUAAGUGGUGAGAGGGAUUUAUGGCCUGGUCAGUUUUAAUGGAGAGGUGGACAUUCCUUCAAAGCCUUAUUUUAUCGUCCUAUGAAUUCGUUCUUUUUUUUAGUUUUUGAGAUCCCCCUCCGUUUUUACCCCACGUUCUUUCAUCCCUUUACACCAUGGCUGCCUUCAUCCGAUCAUUACCGUGUUUUUUUGUUUUCAUUAAAUUGCGUUGUUAUGUGAAUCAAAAGAGAUGUCGUUUCAGAACGCCCUCUCUCACGCUGGCCUUGUUUGUGACAGUUUUCUCUGUUCAGUUCAGUCGUUUGACAUUUAAUUUCUUUUAGUUUUAUUUUCCUUUUUUGCCUCAAACAGUCUACGUUUAUUUAGUAUGGAUUAUAUCUAGAUUUCUCCUCCUUGAUCAGAGUUAUUAUGCACAGAUACCCUUAGUAGAUUUGACAUACUAACAAGUAAUUCAUUCUUAAUGUAAUACUUGUGCCAAACCAGGAUCCUGUUUAUUCUUUCCUCUAUUGUACUCCAUGAUAAAGGAGCUACUCAAGAUAGCGCACAGUCAGAUUUCCUCAAGUACUGUGAGAAGGUCUCCUGUUUGGCACUUGGAAACGUUUUCUUUCUUUUUUCCUUCGCAGUUAUUCUCUGUGGUAGGGGCUUAAACGUUAUAGAGCAGUUUUGAUAGCAUACUUGCGCUUGGACAAGAGACGGUAUGUUGUAUACUUAUGCAAUUCUGUGACGAGCCGGACGAAGUGUCGAUUGUUAUGGACUGUUAACUGUCUGCUGAGAAGUCCAUGACGAGGAAGUGAUCACCCCAUCCGUUGUAUUGCAGUGCAUAGACGUACAUAUAGACCACAGAUUGAACCUCAGCAUAGUUGGGUGUGAUCGUCAUUUUAUCGUUGCAUGCCACUGUUGUAUCUUAUCGUGCUAGUGUCUGGCCUCUCCUUAAGGAAAACAUUUGGGUGCUACAAAUACGACUCGAACCUCACAUAACUAGGAACGCUACCUCAAUACUUAGCCAUAAGAUUGUUUUUAUCAACCAGGCAAGAGCAAACGUGCAUGUUACAUUACUUUUUAAUUUAUUUUUAGCUUCUCAUUACUGGUUAGAAUUUUACUUCUUCAGCUCGGGACUUCGAUGACAAAGGCGGGGGUGCGGGGCAAGAAAAUUCAUGCAUGGUUUGUGCAAGUGUGAGGAGGAGAAACAAGCUCGACAGAUAAUUGUGAUUAUAAAUACAACCUGUGAAAUUCCUCGGUUUUGUUUUUCCCUUAAAUCACGAAGUCUUACUCGAAUACUUCGGAAUCCUUUAUUUGACACGGAUUGAUCGCUGGUGUAAACUGAGCGACUUGCAGCUUGAGGGAAGACGAGGCUUGUUAGAUGUUUCAAAUUCACAAAACGAUAGGGGGCGUAUUCUUGUUGAUACCUCUAUGGACGAAACGCAUUGUAGUGCCUGUUUCAGCAUCUCAAUGUCCUUUCCCACCAUAAUGGGACCACUCUACCUCCACGCCAUGCAGCCUUGACCUAUCAUUACUUGGACCCUUCUUCAGUUUGGUUAUGUUAGAAGUUGCCCUUUUCUGGCUGAUGUCGAAACACGUUUCACCUUGACUUUUUGAUGGCUGUGGUUAGGAUGAGUGAAACUAGAUUUAAAUCAGCAAUAAAAUGGCACGUUCUGCCCAGAGCAUCUACUAACAUUCUGUCGCACAUCUGUAGUCCCCUUUUAAUAAUUCAUCCCCUAUUUGACAGGGCACAAAACCUGUAACUAUGUAUUUUUUUUUUUUUUAAUCUACCUCUUAGAGAGAAAAAUGCAAACGAAUAGGACAGAUCGUUUAACUUAAAUAGGACACAGAAAAUUUUUAAAAACCUUAAACUUAAAUCAAUCAUAUUAAAAGACUUCAGCAACUGGUUAGCAACAUCUCUAUUUAGUGUAGUGGAUAGAAAACUUUACUUCCAAAGACUUUUUCUCCAGUUGUUUAUGAAAUUGUUUUGGAAGAAUUUGGAAAUGAAAUGUAAGAGGGGAAAUAAAAAGACUUUCACUAUCCGAUCUUUCUCUAUUAUGAUUAAACUGAUUUUCAUUUUUAACUUACACGUUCUUCAUCGUUUUAUUUGAUUUAUAUUUCUUGAUGGCUUUUUAAAAUGACAUAGGAUUGUAUCUCUUAUGUUUGCAAUAGAAUUUGCUGUAUUUCUCUGUGAACCACAACAUAAUUGUAUCUUUUCAGGCCACACAGUGCAGCAUGAUGUUGAAAUCAUUUUAUUGGUAACACUUCACCAUAAGUUUGGAUUUGUUAACAUAAGCUAAUGCAUUGGGUAUCAUGAAUGAAUAAAUGCUGUUUCUGUUGUUCAUUGUUAAUCUAGGUUUGUUAAUUCAUAAAGAUGCAUUGUUCAUUCAUGUUCGAUACAUUGUUAAUUUGUACCGAAUUUUGAAAAAUAUAUUCGUGUUUGUCAAAAUAUUAUUAACCAAGAUUAACACAAACUGUUAUUUUAUUGCAUUACCUAAUGUUAACACAUUCAGUCUUAUUGUACCUGUUCUCAUAAUUUUUUAUUUUACUUGUAAUGAUACAAUAGAAGAUUAAAGGUCUGUUUAAUAAAAUAAGGCACAUUUUAGGAGCUGAGAGAGGAAGGAGAGCAUUUAUCAGAUUACCUUAUCCCUUCACCCUCCUUACUGCAGGUGCCACAGAUAUUAUUGGGACUUUCAACUUCUGCCUGCCUGAUUUUCUUUCAUUUUCAUCAACAAUUGUUUUCAACUUCUUGUAAAGAAUACAGAGCAUAGAUAUGAAUGUGACAAUAAAAGAUGAGUAAAACGG